AUGGUCAACCAAAGCACUGUGACCGAGUUCCUUCUCCAGGGAUUCUCUGAUGUUCAGGAGUUGCAGAUUUUACACUUCUUGGUGUUUCUAGUGAUUUAUCUGGCAGCCCUGGUGAGCAAUCUUCUCAUCAUCAUAGCCAUUGCCAUUGACCACCACCUUCACACCCCAAUGUACUUCUUCCUGGGCGACUUGUCCUUCCUAGAUGUCUGCUACAUCUCCGUCACUGUCCCCAAGACCAUGGUGAACUCCUUAAACAACACCAGGCUGAUCUCUUUCUUUGGCUGUGCUGCCCAACUCUAUUUUGGCAUCACCUUUGCCUUUGCAGAGGUGACCCUUCUCACUGCAAUGGCAUAUGACCACUACGUUGCAAUCUGCCAUCCUUUGCGUUACAGGGUCAUUAUGACCAGAGGGGUAUGUGCACGGAUGGCAGCUAGUUCCUGGAUCAGCAGCUGUAUCUAUUCAUUGUGCCACACUGCUAAUAUCUUCCUAUUACCUUUCUGUGGGUCCAAUGUUGUUGAUCAGUUCUUCUGCGAUAUCCCACAGCUACUGAAACUCUCUUGUGGUGAUACAAGCGCUAAUGAAAUUGUGGUUAUUGUAUUAAGUGCUUUGGUGGGUUUAUUUUUCUUCAUUUCAAUAUUUGUGUCCUACAUUCACAUCUUUUUUGCUGUGCUAAGAAUCCCCUCUGCACAGGGCAGGUAUAAAUCCUUCUCCACUUGUUUGCCACACUUACUUGUGUUUUCAUUGUUUAUCAGCACUGGCAUAUAUACGUACCUAAGGCAGGGAUCAGCAUCUUCCCCGUAUCAGGGCAUGAUGGCUGCUGUGUUGUAUACUGUGGUUUCCCCAAUAAUAAAUCCACUCAUUUACAGCCUGAGAAACCAGGAGAUAAAAGAAGCUCUGGGCAAAAUUUUAAGCAAGAUGUUCUUCACCAAGAACCUUUUUACCUAUUAA